GCAGCGACCCGUCGCGCCCGAAUCCGCUCAGAUCCUCGAUUGGUCGACGCCACCUCCCCCCCUCCCCUUCCCCGCGUUGCUCGCCCCCGACAAUUUUCCCCCAAAUCCCCGAGCUCCUCCGAAUCCGCGAACCCCGCCACCCCGGCCCCCGCCGCCGGUCGCCGCUUGCCGCCGUACGGCCAUCCCGGUGCCGAAUCGUCGCAGUUGCCGGCUGCCUCGUCCGGCCGCCCCCCCGCGUGGCCCCGCCGGGAUUCUAGGGUUUCGGGCGGGCCGACCCCAGGGGUCCUCCAAUUCGCGGGCCCGGCUCCACGCCCCUGGGCCCCGGACCGCGCGCGCAGGCUCUGAUCGCUGCUGCAUGGUUGUCGCGGGCUGCCCCCGCGUGGGCGCCGGCGCUCGCUUGCUGCGCUGAUACAUGACACCGCUGUGGCUCUGCGCAGGAUGACCUGAGGCUUUUCCAGCGGCGAAGAUGAAUGUGGGGCAGGCUGCCCACCUGUCCGGGCAGAUGUCUGGGCAGGCAGCUCAGAUGAAUCAGGUUGCCAACAGCGGUCUUGGUGUUGGCGGUGCCGACGGGCUCCAGCAGCACCAGCCGAUGCAGGAUAUGGCGGCGGACCAGCAGUUUGUGAUGCUUCGGACCGCUAUGCGCGAAAAGAUAUUCGAGUAUAUAGGAAGGAAACAAUCAUCGGCUGAGUGGCGGAAGCGGUUGCCGGAACUUGCAAAGCGGCUUGAGGAGAUCUUGUAUAGGAAAUUCCCAAACAGGAAUGACUACUACAAUAUGAUGAAGGGACCGGUUGAGCCACAAUUGCAGUUUGCUAUUAAGACCCUGAGUGCUCAGAACCAGCAAAAUCAACAAAACCCACAAGUGUCAAGGCAAAUAGCAUCUUCCUCUGGCUAUGGCACGAUGAUUCCAACACCUGGUAUGACGCAAAGCUCCAGUGGAAAUUCUAGGAUUCCUUAUGUCACAGACAACAAUACUCUUUCAUCAUCUGGUUCAAGCAUGGUUCCUCAGAAUGCCAACAUGGGUGCCUCGAUGCCAGGUUCGAUGUCUAACGGGUACCAGCAUUUAAAUAACACCAUUGCACAAAAUUCUACCCCAAAUAGCAUCCAAUCAACAAUGGGUUCAGUUGGUGUUCAGCGACAACUACCUCAUAUGAUCCCAACUCCAGGAUUCAGCAAUCAACAGAAUGUACCUGCCAAUCCUGACUAUUCAAAUGGAACUGGAUAUUUCAAUGGUGAGUCAGCUGUGGCAUCACAUAUGCAGCACCAGAAGCAAUUUUCUAGCAACCAAAAUAGCAAUCAAAUUCAGCACAUUGGGGGCCACAGUAAUUCUGGGAUACAUUCAAGCAUGCUGGAUAACUCGUCUGCAUAUGGUCUAUCAGAUGGGCACAUGAAUGGUGGAAUAGGAUUGCACGGGUCAAACAUGCAGCUAACAAACAGGACUUCAGCACCAGAAGCAUAUAUGAAUAUAUCAAACCCUUGUGGAAAUUCGCCCAAACCUCUGCAGCAACAAUUCAAUCAGCACCCUCAGCAGAGAAUACCGAGUAGCCCAGCGAUCCGUGGGGAGGAAGGCGAUGAUACCGAUGCCGAUGACGCAAGUGACUUCAACUACCCUGCAUCUGGCAAUAAUGACCAGAAGCAGAAGAUUGCUGACAGAAUGCGCAGCUGGCGCAUGAAUGCUGGGGGCAGCGGGGAUGUUGGCCGCCCCAAGUAUGACAGUGGCGAGAUCGGGCUCUCCAAGUAUGACAGUGGUGAGAUCCCUCGAGGAUACAUCCCGUCGGUCACAAACAGCCAGAUCUCGGGAGAAAUUCCUGGAGCUUCCCCUGAUCAUCAUAUGAUGUCCCCUACUGGGAACAUUGGCAAGCGCGCUCCGUUUCCCUAUGUGAAUCAUUCACCAAAUCCGUCACGGGAGUUCUCUGGUAGCAUUGGGAAUGUUGCCUGGAAAGAGAGAGUUGAUGGCUGGAAAAUGAAGCAGGAUAAAGGAACAAUUCCCAUGACUAAUGGCACCAGCAUUGCUCCCUCCGAGGGUCGGGGUGUUGGUGACAUUGAUGCAUCUACUGAUUACAACAUGGAAGAUGCCUUACUGAACGAUGAAACUCGACAGCCUCUAUCCAGAAAAGUGCCAAUUCCUUCCUCCAGGAUCAAUCCUUACAGAAUGGUCAUUGUGCUGCGAUUGGUUGUUCUAAGCAUCUUCCUGCACUAUCGUAUCACAAAUCCUGUGCGCAAUGCAUACCCGUUAUGGCUUCUAUCUGUUAUAUGUGAGAUUUGGUUUGCUCUUUCCUGGAUAUUAGAUCAGUUCCCAAAGUGGUUUCCAAUCAACCGUGAGACUUACCUUGAUAGAUUGGCAUUAAGGUAUGACCGUGAAGGUGAGCCAUCUCAGUUGGCUGCUGUUGACAUCUUUGUCAGUACAGUCGACCCACUGAAGGAGCCGCCUCUUGUCACUGCCAAUACUGUUCUAUCAAUUCUUGCUGUGGAUUACCCUGUCGAUAAGGUCUCUUGCUAUGUAUCUGACGAUGGAGCUGCAAUGCUGACAUUUGAUGCACUAGCUGAGACUUCAGAAUUUGCUAGAAAAUGGGUACCGUUUGUUAAGAAGUACAACAUUGAGCCUAGAGCUCCUCAAUGGUACUUCAGCCAGAAAAUUGAUUACUUGAAGGACAAAGUCCACCCUUCAUUUGUUAAAGACCGCCGUGCCAUGAAGAGAGAAUAUGAAGAAUUUAAAGUUAGGAUAAAUGGCCUUGUUGCUAAGGCACAGAAAGUUCCUGAGGAAGGAUGGAUCAUGCAAGAUGGCACACCAUGGCCAGGAAACAAUACCAGGGACCAUCCUGGAAUGAUUCAGGUUUUCCUUGGUCACAGUGGUGGCCUUGAUACUGAGGGCAAUGAGCUUCCCCGUUUGGUCUAUGUUUCUCGUGAGAAGCGUCCUGGAUUCCAACAUCACAAGAAAGCUGGUGCCAUGAAUGCUCUUGUUCGUGUGUCUGCCGUGCUUACCAAUGGACAAUACAUGUUGAAUCUUGACUGUGAUCACUACAUCAACAACAGCAAGGCUCUCAGGGAAGCUAUGUGCUUCCUUAUGGAUCCUAACCUAGGAAGGAGUGUCUGCUAUGUUCAGUUUCCACAAAGGUUCGAUGGUAUUGAUAGGAACGAUCGAUAUGCCAACAGGAACACCGUGUUUUUCGAUAUUAACUUGAGGGGUCUUGAUGGCAUUCAAGGACCAGUUUAUGUGGGAACUGGUUGUGUUUUCAACAGAACAGCUCUAUAUGGUUAUGAGCCCCCAAUUAAGCAAAAGAAGAAGGGUGGUUUCUUGUCAUCACUAUGUGGUGGCAGGAAGAAGGCAAGCAAAUCCAAGAAGGGCUCAGACAAGAAAAAGUCAAAGAAGCAUGUGGACAGUUCCGUGCCAGUAUUCAAUCUUGAAGAUAUAGAGGAGGGAGUUGAAGGUGCUGGAUUUGAUGAUGAGAAAUCACUUCUUAUGUCUCAAAUGAGCUUGGAGAAGAGAUUUGGCCAAUCUGCAGCUUUUGUUGCCUCCACACUGAUGGAAUAUGGUGGUGUUCCUCAGUCUGCAACUCCAGAAUCUCUUCUGAAAGAAGCUAUUCAUGUCAUAAGUUGUGGCUAUGAGGAUAAGACUGAAUGGGGAACUGAGAUUGGGUGGAUCUAUGGUUCUGUGACAGAAGAUAUUCUUACUGGAUUCAGGAUGCAUGCACGAGGCUGGCGGUCAAUUUACUGCAUGCCUAAGCGGCCAGCUUUCAAGGGAUCUGCUCCCAUCAAUCUUUCAGACCGUCUGAACCAAGUGUUCCGGUGGGCUCUUGGUUCUGUGGAAAUUCUUUUCAGCCGGCAUUGCCCCUUAUGGUAUGGCUAUGGAGGACGCCUGAAGUUCUUGGAGAGAUUUGCUUACAUCAACACCACCAUUUACCCACUCACGUCUAUCCCACUUCUCAUAUACUGUGUUCUGCCUGCCAUCUGUCUGCUCACUGGGAAGUUCAUCAUGCCAUCCAUUAGCAACAUCACUAGUAUUUGGUUCAUCUCUCUCUUUCUUUCAAUUUUUGCCACUGGUAUCCUCGAGAUGAGGUGGAGUGGUGUUGGCAUUGAUGAGUGGUGGAGGAAUGAACAAUUCUGGGUUAUUGGAGGUAUCUCUGCCCAUCUUUUCGCCGUAUUCCAGGGUCUUCUCAAGGUGCUUGCUGGUAUCGACACCAACUUUACUGUCACAUCAAAGGCCUCUGAUGAAGAUGGUGACUUCGCGGAGCUCUACAUGUUCAAGUGGACAACUCUUCUCAUCCCACCAACAACCAUCUUGAUCAUCAACCUGGUCGGUGUUGUUGCUGGUACCUCCUACGCUAUCAACAGCGGUUACCAAUCAUGGGGGCCGCUCUUUGGCAAGCUCUUCUUCACCUUCUGGGUGAUCGUUCACUUGUACCCAUUCCUGAAGGGUCUCAUGGGCAGGCAAAACCGCACCCCAACCAUUGUGGUCGUCUGGGCGAUUCUUCUUGCUUCUAUCUUCUCCUUGCUGUGGGUUCGCAUCGAUCCGUUCACCACCCGUGUAACUGGCCCAGAUACUCAAAACAUGUGGCAUCAACUGCUAGGAACGUGGAAGGUUGUAGAAACAGAGAAAUACCACGAGUCGUGUUUUUGAGAAUAUGACAAUGCCACAGCCACCAAUUGCCUGUUAAAAAUGCCACAGCCACCAAUUGUCUGUUAAGUUAUAAGGAGGUGGCGCUAUUUACGUCUAGUACGGACCAAGGGGAUAUUGUUUAUCAGAAAGUUACUUGUGUUGAUAUGCAUUCUUUUGUUGAUAAGCUAUAAUACUUUGUGGAGAGUGUCUGACAGACGAGUUUUGUAAUGUUAUGAAGAACAAGAAAAUAAGAUAGUUUGCAUUUUUUUUUAAUUUCAUCAAGUUUACUCA